UAUCUUGUCUGAACCAAAGUCAGCGCCACCAUCGUCAACUCUCACCUACCACCAGAUUUCUCCCACCCCCCGCCAUCACAAAGUUCGCACCUGCGGCGCAUCGCAACCAUGGUCCAGAACACAUCAAUGGUCACGUCCAAGUUCCUCAGCAACCCCGAGGACCUCGGCGUUGUUGCUGUUGGCUUCUCUGGCGGACAGUGCAAGAAAGGCGUCGACGCCGCCCCCAAGGCCCUCAUCGAGUCCGGCCUGCUCACCCAGCUCCGCGAUGAGCUGGGCUACAAGCUCCACGGCGACGAUGAGGUGCACCUCUACACCGACCUCGUACCCGCAGACGACCCUCCCUUCCGCAACAUGAAGAACCCCAAGGCCGUGUCCUCCGUGACGGAGCGCAUCGCCGACCAGGUCUACCAGCAGUCGCGCCUCGGCCGCCUGACCCUGACCCUCGGCGGCGACCACAGCAUUGCCAUUGGCACCAUUGCCGGCUCUGCCAAGGCCACCCGCGAGAGACUCGGCCGCGAGAUUGCCGUCAUCUGGGUCGAUGCGCACGCCGACAUCAACACCCCCGAGACGAGCGACAGCGGUAACGUCCACGGCAUGCCGGUGGCUUUCGUCACAGGCUUGGCCAAGGAGUCUAGACCCGAGUACUUUGGCUGGCUCAAGGAUGAGCACAUGCUGAGUAUCAAGAAGCUGGUAUAUAUUGGUCUGCGUGACGUGGAUGCCGGUGAGAAGAGAAUCCUGCGCGAGAAUGGCAUCAAGGCUUUCAGCAUGUUUGACAUUGACAGAUAUGGUAUCGGACGCGUCAUGGAGAUGGCGCUGGCGCACAUUGGCAACGAUACCCCGAUUCACUUGUCAUUCGACGUUGACGCUCUAGACCCGAUGUGGGCGCCGUCAACGGGCACCCCGGUCCGCGGCGGUCUUACGCUGAGAGAAGGUGACUACAUCUGCGAGUGUGUGCACGAGACUGGCAGCCUUGUCGCGCUGGACCUGGUGGAGGUGAACCCGUCCCUUGCGGCCGAGCAGGAGGGCGCAGCGUCCGAGACAGUAAGAGCUGGCUGCUCGCUUGUGCGUUGCGCUCUGGGAGAGUCAUUGCUCUAAGUUGCUUAGCUUGAGCGUGCGUAGUGGUGUAGAAGGGAGCGAUACAAAGAUGAACGAUUUCUCGACUGCUGAGAGGCGCUUGGUUGCAGAUGGAGAAUGGCGAGGGCUGCCUAUCGAUGGUUGCGGGAACACGUGCAAGACUUAGUAAACGGAACACACGGAGGCAAAGUGCAUUUGGCGCGUAGCGCAAUAGAAGACAGAAUAAGUAGCCAGGGAGACUUAUUCGGAGUCAGUCACAGGGUUGAGGUAGACAGAUACCAAUGAAUACUAGAUUUUUGAGCCCAUCUU